UGGAAGAGAUCUUGAUCUUGAACUGUUUAAAGAAAUAAAAGAAAUUAAAUAAAUUUGUUAAAUUAUAUUAAAAACCUAUAAUUUAUAUAGAAAAAGAAAAGUAAAUUUUAAAUAAUGUUUGAGCAAUUAACGGCAAAAUUAGUGCAAAUUAUUAAAGAUUAUCCCGCAGUACAAUAUGGUGCCGCCGCUUUCUGCGCUUUAUAUUUGGUCUUCGGUUAUGGAGCUCAACUUUUAUGUAACAUUAUUGGUGUUGUAUAUCCAGCCUACAUUUCCAUACAUGCCAUUGAAUCCAGCACUAAAUUGGAUGAUACCAAAUGGCUUACCUAUUGGGUGACCUAUGGCAUUAUGUCGAUCAUUGAAUAUUUCUCAGGCGUUUUAACCUCCGUCAUUCCCUUCUAUUGGUUGAUAAAGUGCAUUUUCUUGGUCUGGUGUAUGUUGCCCAUGGAACAAAAUGGUUCUUAUGUCAUUUACAACCGUGUCAUUCGUCCACAUUUCCUUAAACAUCAUCAAGCUGUUGACUCUGCGUUAGAUAAUGUUAUUGGACAAGCCAAGAAAAACAUUAGCUCAGUUUUGAAAUCUGAUUAAUUAUGAGUGUUUCUCACGUCAACACAACACAACACACUCUCAUACAUGCAUCUCUUAAAGUCCUAUCAACAAACAUAGUUAAGAAGCAUUUCCACAAUUAAAAACAAACAAAAAAAAAAACAUCUUGAAAACAACAACUACAACAUUAAGAAAGUGAUGUUUUUCAUUUCUUUAAUCUUUGGUGGUGGUGGUCAUGUAGGUGACGGCGACUUCACAAGGAGCACACAAUUUAUUCGGAACAAAAAGAAACAAAAAAAAAACAUCUUUAGUGUUAUUUAUUUUUUAAUUAUAUAAAUGUGUCUUCGUGAUUAAACCUAAAUUAGAAUUGUA